AUGAAGAAGCAAAAGAUCGCAGCCUUUGUUAAAGAACUUAACUUGCGCAUGAAGAAAGAACCCAUCACUCUCCGGUACAUUCACAUCCUCGGCACUGUUAUCUUCUUCACCUCCAUCUCAUCUCUUGUCAUCCUCCUCGCUCUCUAUCUCAAUCAACGACUCCAAACUUCACUCUUCCUUCAAGACAAUCAUCUCUCCUCCAUUAAACCUCUCACUUCUCCUUCUCUUUCUCCUCAUAGCCGUGGUAGUGACAUAGCGGACAAAGAGCUGAUGCGGCGAGCAGCAAAGGCACCACAUGACGCGGCCAUGAAUGUGACUGAUCAUCCAAAGGUUGCGUUCAUGUUUCUUACGAGGUGGGACUUGCCUUUGUCUCCUCUUUGGGAAAUAUUCUUCAAUGGCCAUGAAGAGUUAUAUUCCAUUUAUGUUCAUACAUCUCCAAAUUUCACCGAGGAGCCACCAGAAUCUUCAGUGUUUUACAAGAAACGUAUACCAAGCAAGGCCGUUGAAUGGGGAAAAUCGUCAAUGAUGGACGCAGAGAGGCGUCUUUUAUCACACGCAAUUCUAAAACCUUCGAACGCUCGCUUCGUCCUCCUCUCGGAGACAUGCAUCCCUCUCUUUAACUUCACCACAGUCUACACUUACCUCAUGGGCUCCACUCGCUCUUUCCUCGGCUCAUUCGACGACCCAAGGCCCAUGGGCCGAGGCCGUUACAACCCCAAAAUGCUCCCGCACGUGUCCCUCUCCGACUGGCGGAAAGGAAACCAGUGGUUCGAGCUCUCGCGGAUCGUCGCCGCCGAGGUCAUCUCCGAUCGCCGGUAUUACACCGUCUUCAAGGAUCACUGCAGGCCGCCGUGCUACAUCGACGAGCAUUAUAUUCCGACGUUGGUUAACAAGAUAUGUCCGGAGAUGAAUUCGAACCGGACAGUAACGUGGGUGGAUUGGUCAAGGGGUGGGUCCCAUCCAGCGAGGUUUGUGAGGAAGGAUAUCCGGGUCGGGUUUUUGGAUAGGAUCCGGUUUGGGUCGAAUUGUAGCUAUGAGGGCGAGGUGACGAACGUGUGUUUUCUGUUUGCGAGGAAGUUUCAUGUGAGCACUCUCGAGCCUCUCAUGAAGAUCGCUCCAUAUUUGUAUGGAGUUUAA